AUGGAGUUGGAAUUAGGACUCAAACUAACACGAGCAGCCGAUGAUUUCACCUCUGAUUUUCAACUCUCGAAAGACCGUGCCGGCCCAGUUUUCUUGUCUAGAGAAACAGAUGACAUGUUUACUCUGACUGCUCAUCUCAAAGGUUAUAAAAGAGAGCACAUAAAAAUCGACAUAAACGAGGACGGGACCGUAAUAGCAAUAAGCGGCGAAAGACACGUGAAAGAGACGGUCAUGGUCGGAUGGAAAGUGUACAACGAAGGCACAACGAUAAAAGAAUUCAAAAAGGCCUUCAAAAUCCCCGGUGGCGUGAUUCUUGAUGAGAUCAAGGCGAACUACAAUGAGGACGAAUCAACUCUUAAGAUCACGAUGCCUAAGAAGGUCAAAGGAAUUGUGGGGACGAAGAUCGAGGAAGCUGAUGAAAAACACGAGCUCUCUAGAGAAGGGUCGUUGAAUUUGAAGAUUGCGGACGAACAAGAACAUUGCCCGAAUACAGGGGCCUCAGAUCAAGAAAACAAUGAUAAAGUAAACAAAUUGCCAUUAGAGGAACGCGUUGUUGAGUCCUUUGAGAAAAGGCCCGAAAGAGAGGAACAGGUCGAAAAAGCUGCAAGUAUACAAGAAACGUCCGUGCGUAAACAAGAGGUGCAUGAAUAUCACAGCAAGGCUCAUGAUGAUGAUGAUGAAGAUGGCGUUGUAGAAGAAGAAAGGUUGGAUGAAGAAAAAGAAGGGCCUUCUCUUGAGCCUGAAAACAAUGGGGACCAAACGCCUCGUGAGAAAAGUUGUAAAUUGUGUAUUCCGAUUGUGGCCGGAUCGACUUUACUAUUAUCGUUAGUCGUGUUUGUGUUCCAAAUGAUUAGAAGCAAGAACCAAAAUAUCAGGAGAAGAGAUUGA